UCUGAAUGAAAAAUGGCGGACAGAAGACGACGAAGGCCAUCCGAAGGCGAGAGUGAAGAUGAAACUGAAGAAACUAGCGGGACUAAAAAGAAAGAAACGCGUCGUUCAGAAUGUGAGAGUGAAGGAGAGGGACCACCCGAUGGAGGAGAUAAUUCUGAAUACGAAAGUGCCAACGAGGAUAAUGAUGAUGACGACGAUGAUGAGUAUACAGAUGAUGAUGAUGACGAAGAUGACGAUGAGGAUGAUGAGACUGCAACCUAUGAUGGUAGUGUGAUUGUGGAGAGUUUAGGAGAAGGAGAGGAAAGACAGAGUGGAGAUGGGGAGGAACAGCCAAAGGAGGAGGUUGAUGAUGAUGAGGAUCGCAAGAAUCCAGCAUUUGUACCCAGAAGAGGGGCGUUCUACGAACAUGACAUGAGAAUUUCUAUGGAGGAUCCAGUCACUGAAGAGGAUCAACAGAGGCCAAAGAAGAAGCUGUGGAAGGAUGAUGGGAAGUGGUACCACGACCGCUUCCGUGAGGACCAACAGGCCCCCAAGUCUCAGGACGAGCUAAUCACCAUGUAUGGUUAUGACAUCAGGCAGUAUAACAAACCUCCAGACGCACCAAAGAUGAAUAACAGGCCAAGGGGUCGAAGAUCUGAUCAGAAAUCAAGGUUACAAGAUUUUGUUACUGAUCGUCCAGUAUCUCGACGUUCCCCACCAAGUGAUUACAUUCAGAGUAAGAACAAUUACAACAACCAGGAACGGGAUUCAAGGAAUAACCGAUAUAAUAACAACAGAGGUCGAGUCAAUGACAACAACAACCGCUCAUUUCACCGAUCGUCUUCUGCUGAAAUUGAGGAAGAGCAAUCCACAGGGGGUAAAGACCGAGCUUACCCAAGAGGCCAGGACAGAGGUCCGGAUAGGAAUUACUCAAAUCAGGACAGAGGUCCGGAUAGGAAUUACUCUAAUCAGGACAGAGGUCCGGAUAGGAAUUACUCAAAUCAGGACAGAGGUCCGGAUAGAAAUUACUCUAAUCAGGACAGAGGCCCAGAUAGGAAUUACUCUAAUCAAGAUAAUAGAGGUCCAGAUAGAAAUUUCUCAAAUCAGGACAGAGGUCCGGAUAGGAAUUACUCUAAUCAAGACAGGGGUUCAAGCAGAAAUUACUCUAAUCAAGAGAGAGGUUCAGACAGGAAUUAUGCAAAUCAGGACAGAGGUUUUGAUCGUGACUAUUCUGGAGGUCAGGACCGUAGUUAUUCAAAAGGUCACGAUCGUGGUUUUUCGGGACAGGAGAGGGGAAAUCGAUACAGAAAUAGUCAGAGUGAUAGGGUGGAUCAGAGAUAUGACCAAACUCAGACAAGAUCACGAGAGCCAGAGUAUAGUCAGGGCAGACAAAGGGAGAUGCACCGGUAUGAGAGGCGGGAACGCGGAGGGGCAUCAUCCAGGGCGGGGCUACGAGGAAGGAGUAGACGUGGACGGGGCGGAGACUUUGAUCAAGAUGAUCGGGGAUCCCGCUCAUACUCCGAUAUGAGAGACAAUGUGACUUCAAAUCGUGGAAAUAAAUUUCCUCCUCGAUUCCAGAAACAUGCAUCUAGAGACUAUAAUGAACUGCUGGAUGAAUAUGGCUACCAGGAAGGCGAAAUUUUCCGAACGACAAUUACGACAGAACCUGCGACAAAAGCUGUUGACACCACUGUUAAAGAUCCAAAUCCUAUUGAUCCAGUAUCUCCACGCACUCGACACGAUUUAACUGACAAAGACACUGUUCAAAAUGUGAACAUAGUUAUAUCUAAUACUGGAGAGCGUAAAUCUUACUCCAAAGACAGGAGAGCUCGGGAUCGAGUAGUAGGGAAGACAAGGAUUCAGGACGACGUUAUCAAUGCAGUAAUACAAGGAACGAUGUCUGUAAAUCUAGACUCGGAGCAAAGUAUAGAUGGUGGUGAUGUACCACAAAAGCCAGGUGAGAGUACAUCUCCAAAGUCCUUUGAGCAGAAACAAAAUCAUAACAAGGUGCCAAAAUCAGUGGCCAGUAAACAGACUGACUUAGGGGGUCAGCAGGGCCGAUCUAAACGAUACUCCUCCCAGAGACAACGGGCCGGUCAGGAGGCAGGCUUCACCGAACAGGCUACUCCCCAAACAACAUUUGCAGAGAGUACGGCUCCAAUUAACAAGGCUGCUGCUCCGGCUCAAAGCCAGAAUGCCAAGUUCUACAAACCUCCCUCGCCAGGUUUUGUGAAGCAGGAAGGUCCUGGGGCACCUCCAUUCCAGCCAGCCAUGUUACGGGCCCCAAUGGCUUUUCCUAUACCAGCUUCCACAGGAGGGAUUCCUGCCCAGCCACCUCAAGUGUUUGUUCCACCGAGGACUUCAGGACCUCCAGUCACCAUGACAACAGCCCUGCAGAUGCAGCCUCCACAGUUUAUAAACACAGGAAUGAUGUAUGGUGCACCUCCGGCUCCGUUUCCAGUAGCCCCAGGCCUCGUUCCCAUGCAGGGAAAUGUUGCCAUACGAGGAAAUGUCCCAUUGCAGGGAAAUGUCCCAUUGCAGGGAAAUGUCCCAUUGCAGGGAAAUGUCCCUUUGCAGGGAAAUGUUCCAAUGCAAGGAUUCCCCUCGCCUCCAGCUGUGUCUACAUCUCAACCUCCUCCUCCUCCGCCACAGACACAGCAAGUACAGUCACAGCAGGGAGAGGUGUACCGAGGCGGAACAACUUACUAUCCCCCUGAACUACAGCAGUACAAAAACCCACCUCCUGGUACCACAUAUUACCCACCAGAACUGCAGUUCAAGAGUCCACACCGGUCUCCAGUGCGCCGUGCCAAGGCCGCAAUCCCCAUUGUAGACCCACAGGCUGUGAAGAAAACAGAUUCUCAGAGCGAAUUUGAGAGCACGCAAGAUUUAGAAAAGUCACCUGGAAGUCCGAGCAGUCCCGACUACUCUGAUGCUAGGUCUGAGGAGUACGUAGAAGAUGAUGAAGAAGAUUACAUGGAUGAAGAUCCGUUAGGAGAAAUUGAUAGAACAAAAUAUCAGGCUCAAGAUCAAUUGGCAGAAAAUGUGGAUACAAAAUAUUCAGUUAAUGAACAAAUAGAUGAAGAAAGGCUUGUACAGAAUCACCCGGAAGAACCUGUGAAUGAAAACAACCUAGCAAGUUAUUCUAUAGAAAAUCAUCAUAUGCCGCAACAAAUGAAUGAAAAUCAUACUACAGAAAAUUCUGACACGCAGAGUGUUGAAAAUAAAAAUCAAGAGACACAAAACAUUGUAAAUCAAAGUCAAGAAGAUUCAUCAUUAAAAUACGUAAAAUUUGAAACGGACGUUAGUAAUUUAGAAUCUAGUGAAGGUCAGGUUGCACCAUCAGAAUUAACAAGUGAGAAAUUACACACAGUGAAACAAGAACCUGAAUUAAAGGAAAAUGUUGAAUUGGAAGGUCAGACGUCGCAAACCAAGGAAGGAGGAGUUCCCUCCCCUGAUUCUAGUGAACAGGUGGUACCUUCUGGAGAAGAUGCCAAGUAGGAUACAAGCAAUGAUUUUACUUUAGUGUAUUAUUCAUCAAAAUAUGUUAUUUUGUGCCCAUGGGCAUGUGCAGUUCUUCAUUGAUGUGUGGUGAAACCAUUACAUUAUCCGACUUGAUUUAUUAGGUAAAAAUGAAUAAUCCUGUAUUCUGCAAAGUUUCCCAAUUUUUUUUACUUGACAGUAAAUUUUACUUAAAUGAUGUCGAAAUUGAUUUUUCCCUUUUUUAUGGUGAUGAAGUCUUUGUAUUCCUUUUUGCAUACGUGGAGUACAGUGUUUUAAUGGUAUUAGAAAGUAGCUGUAGUCUUCUACCCAUACAGAGGCAUGAUGUGGUUUAAGUUGUUUUGGCAAAAUGUGUUUGGUUGUUUUCUUAAAGGGCUUUAAUCUUAUGGUACUUCUGUACAUGUAUAUUGCUUCAAACUAAGCAGAUGACAAAAAAAAUUAUUCAACUACAUGUUAUUCCAUUCUUUUUUUCUGAUCUGUAAUAUUUUUGAUUUUAGAAUACUCCACAAAUUAAUUAGAAAUGUAUUGUUUCAAUAAUACCGUUUUGCACACAAUAUAAUAUACACAUUAAAAACCAACAGAAUUGACUUAUAAAAAUUUGAAAAGAAAUGUUGCUUUAUAAUACCAGUCAUUGAAGUGGUGUUACUGUACAAUUGUAGGUAAAUGCCUAUUUUGUCAAAAUAUCUAUUCUUUCCUUUUACAGAUUUCAUUUUUCUGCAUGAUAAAAAUUGCAAAUUCAAUUUUUUAUCUUCCUUUAAACUGUAUGAGGUACAUUGGUUGUAUAAUGAUUUCUGUAUCUUUAUCACGCAAACCUCAUUCAGAAUAUCUGAAGAGUUUCUGCCUUUUUGAUUUUUUGAUAUUUUUUUUUCAAGAAAGACAAAUGCUUCACUUAAUGUAAUGACUUGUUCGAUUGAAAGUCUAAUAAUUUUGAUAUCUAUGGUCAAACAUUUGUAUAUGGCCAGCUUGUUGAUCAGUGUGUCCAGAGAUAUUGCCUAGUGUUUCCUACACCAUCGGCGCUAAUAAUGGAAAUAUUGAAUUCUUAUGAAGCUAGUUUAAUAUGUUAUAUGCUCAUCCUUCCUGUAUAUAUAAGUUUUGACAGCAUGUCCGGUCCGCUUACUUUUGAGUUUGUUCAGUUGGUUGUAUCCACCAACCUGUCCAUUUUUUACAUUGACAGCUUUUGAAUACAAGUUUACCGCUAAAAGCCAGUAACAAUCUGACUAUACUAAUCAAUAGAUAAGUAAGAACUGAAGAAAUUUUAAAUAAGGGAAGAUAAGUUGUACAUAUUGAAGUACAAGUCUCAUUUUCAGUCACCUCGUUCUUAAACUGACUAAUUCAACACAUUGUGCUGUAUUAGAAUUAUGUAUUGGUCAUAACUCUUCAUUUUAGAUAGAUUAAGGUAUAUCUGUACUAAAUAAUCUGGUGACCUUGAUCAAAGGUCAUACUGUAUCCUAUGUCAAGGUCAUGUCAUCAAGGUCAAGAAACAUGAGUAUCUAAACUUUCUCGAUGUUGCACUUGAUGUCAGUUAAGUAAUUCCUUAUAUCAGAAAUAUGAUUUUUUUUUUUUACCAAGACUGUGUCUUACAAUAAUUAUCAAGGUAAGACAACUGAUCUGGAAAGGAUUUCACAUUAAGCACACUGUCAUGCAAGUCUGCACUAAACCACUGGUUAUACAUAUGAUUUUAAGUUUAUGGGUCAGUACCUCUUCUUAAUUGACCUUGGCUAUUUAAAGGAUAUGUUCCAAGAAACCAAAUCAAAUACUUAUAUCCUUAUUUUUGGCUUGUCGGGACAAAGUCCAGGGGACCUAUUGCUGUACCCUGGCGUCGGCAUCAUCCAUAGAUAGCGAGGUUUAAGUUUUUAUAAAACAGUGUUGUGUCAAUACUAAUGAAGUUACAGCUUAGUAGGUAUUUGAUGACAAGGUCUUUCCAUCUGUACUAUAUUUGUGGUCAGACCUGCUGAGCUUGUCGGUGACCUUUCACCUGCUUAUAAAAAUCUUUGACCUUAGCCACAGUAUUGUAUAUGUUAACCAUAUGAGAUGGGGCAUGUAUAUUUGACAUGUGUGCACCUUGUGACAAGGUCUUUCCGUUGGUACUGCAUAUGUGGACCUGCUGACCUUGACCCGGCAUGAACUUUGACCUACUUCUGAAAAACUUAUUUCAAAUUUCAACCCACUCGGAGAGCUAUGUUGUCUUUUGUCAACUCCUGUUACAUUAAAUUACAAAAAGCAAUUUGUAUAUUUGCAGCAAUAAAUCAAAAGUGCUACAACUUAAGUAAGAUUUGAACUCAGUAUUUGUAGACAGGAGUUUCAACUAAGCUCUUUCAAUUUUAAUUUAUUGACCCACAGGGACUUGUCUCAAAUUUGAUUUCGCAGUCCAUAGUCCAUAUUUAUGUAUUACAGGUAGCAUAUAUAUACAUAGAAUUUGUUACAAGUCCCUGUGUAUCAAUGCAGUGCCAUCAACAAUUCUUCUUCCUCCUUUUUUUCAAAGAUUUUGGCUCUGUUGUUUGGUUAUAUAUAUGGGCAACAAAAUUAAUGUAACCAUAUAUACGCAGACAAUGGAACCUCCAUACCAAACUUUGAACCUAGAACCUUGGAACUCUGAAGGUGGUGUAUAUUUUAGUAAGUUGGUUUUACAUUGGGAAAUUCUAGCACUUUUCUGCAUGCUGACAAUAAGAUUUUUGUCUGGUUUAAAAACUGUUUCUUUUCCUAAGUUGUUAACGAUGUGAAAACAGAACAGUUAGAUCUUGAUUGGUUUACAGCUUAAAAUAUCCUACAAAAUUCAUGUUUUAAUGAAAAAUUGCCAUCAAUUAUAUUUUUCAAAAGAAGAUAUUAUAAAACGCAAUAAUUCCGAUGAACUGAAAAACCGCGACUGAAUUUUAUAAUAGUAGUGUAGACAACACAAGUUUAUAUCCCAUUCUCUGUCAAGGGUGGCCAUGGUAAUGGGAUGCAAAUUGGAUUGCCUCCCUUCUGUUAAAAAUCAAUAUUUUUAGGUAUAUUGUUCAAAGGUGAAAAAAGUAAACUUUAUUUAUUUUACAACAAUACCCAGUACCCGGGGAAAACUCACGAGGUCGGGCAGACGACCCCAUACUCAUGUCCGAUCUGGGAAUCGAACCCUGACCACCUAGGUGAAAGGCAAGUGUGUUACCACUGUGCCACCCGACCACCCAUUUAAAGGUACCAGUUCAGCACUGUGUUUGUAUCAUAAAUGUGCAUAAUGUGUUGAAAAGAGAAGAUUUUAGAAAAGUUUUGAUGUUUCUUAAUGUAAUAAAAACUUGAUAUUGGUGCAGUAGUGGUCCUUGAUCCCAGGCAGAGGUGAAUGGAUGGAUUAUUCCAUGAUAUGUUUGUUACAAAAGGAAUUCUCCAAACGAAAGUCUUGAUUACAUAUUAGGGCAGUAUGACUAGUGAUGACUUUGUGGGAGUUUACAGUAUACCAGAUGUUGUUUACAUGAUAUAUACAUUAUAUGUACAUGAAUUGGUAUGAUAGAAGUUAUCCGAAGAAGCGUGUGUUUUUUGUGUUCUUACUUAGUUUAUGUGAAUACAUUAUGGUGGAAAACAAAACCCCAACAGUAUUGUACUGCUUACUGCUGUAGGAUCAUGAAUGGAGUUAUGUACUGAUCAAAAUUUUGAAUUUUUGUUUGAUUUGUAGUUUUCAUAUCAAAAGAUGAACCAAGGUAAUAUGCAUGUACAUCUUAUGUACAGAAUUGGAAUGUUGAUAAGGAAAAUUUCACGAUAAGAAUAUUUUAUGAAAUUUACACUUAUAUUGCAUUUUUAACAGCUAAUGGAAUAAUAUUUCAUAUUAUGGGGACUUCAGAAAUAAGAGAAUUCUCUGCAUGGUGGCUUCUCAAGAUGUGCAGCUUAUGUGUACCAGUUGGUAUAUGUAAUUAUCUGUCGUGGUUCCUGUUUGACAAACCUCGAGUCUUCUUUGGGUUACAUGUUUUAACAGAACAACCCAUAAAUAACUUUAUUUAAUCGCCAUUUUAGAACUGAAGUUGACAACUUUUUCAGGACUCGUAGUCGAGGUUAGCAUAGAAAUUAUUUACAAAUUCUCUAUUCCCCAUCAUUAUAAAUAAAUUUAUAUAUAGGCAGCAUGCUUUUUGACUCCAUGUGCAUCACAUCAGUAGCUAGGAUUUUAAUUGAUAAUUAGGACAAUGUUCGGUAAUAAUUUAAUGGCCUGUAAACUUUCAACGGAUAUACUUAUUUAUAUUGAUGCAAACUUGUGUUGAAAAAAAAUGUAUAUAAUGUAUAAUACAUAUUCUGUUCUUCAUUAGAAAAAUGGUUUAGAGAUGUCCGUAACAGUUCAAACAUUUAAUUCAUUCAUAUGGAGAUGGCCCCUUAAUCAUUGAGGGAUACGUAAUACAUAUAUACAUGUAAUUAUAUUUUCAGUAACUGUUUGUAUGUUAAGUCAACACAAGGGAGGAUAACUCUGAUUUGCGACUAUAAUGUCAGAUGGACGUAAUUCAUCUGGAAUUUCAUUUUGAGAUGUCUGGCAGCAGAGAAUGCAUUUUGUAUAUUUAAUAUGCUCAUGGCAAUAAAAGUAAAUGUAGGUGGUCUUUCCCAGUUAGUGUAUUUAUCAAAUGAUGUCUUGACCCUUACUAUAGUAGUGCUGUAUGAUAGUGUUCAUUUACCCUUAAAGGGUAUCAAGUAAACAAAUAUGGCCUAUUGCUCUUCUAAUAAAUAAACUUCACUUAAACACACAAUCACCGCCAUAUCAUGAUUUGUAAAUGAAAGACAAAUUUGUAAAUUAAGCAAGUUCACUAUUACAUUCAAGGUAAUUCUUGACACAGAAUCUUUAAUCCAUGAUCCAAUUUCAAUUUUUCAAUGUAUGGACCUUGGAUUUGGAUUUUGUACCAAGUCUCGGUGAUUUUGGUAAGGGGAGAUAACACAAUCUGAAUCACAGUAUGUAAGGUUGCAUACCUCUUAAAGCUUGGCCAUUUAAUCAAUUGGCGACAAACAUUGAUAAUGUAUAUAUAAACUUUUGUGGGGGGAAAGAAACUGGUUGAUAAUUAUGAAUUUAAGAUAAAUGUUUUGUUUCAAAGGCAAUAACUCUUACAACAAUUAAAGGCAAUCUGUAAGGUAGCAUAACUCCUUUGUUUUGACCACUUCCUCAAUUGGCAACAAAACUCUGAUACUACAUAUAUACCGGUACUGUAUAUUAAUAUUUUGAAAGAAAAUGAAACCAGUUUAAUUAUGUUAAAGGGAAAUAACUCUUACAGAAAUUAAAGAUAAUGUGUUAGAUAUGCUUCCAUAAUUUGUGCUGUUUAAUUGAUUUCGACAAUAAAAAACAGCCAAACUGCAUACAUUGAGGUAAAGGUGAUAAAACGUUCAAAGGGAAAUAACUCUUUCAUCGAUUAUAGGUAAUAUGGAAGGUAGCAUACUCCUUAAGUUUGAUAAGUUUGAUGUUGAAGACCCUGUACAAUCCUGUGUUUGGUAAGCUUUUUGAGCCUUACUAUUCCUGCUUUACAUGUGAUUUACCUCUGCAGGUAGCAAUUUCCAGCUCUUUUUGUUCAAAAUGAAAUAUAGGAAAUUUUGUCAAUACUUACAUGCCAAGAUGUUGAACUUUUUCCAUGUUGUAAUGUGUUUUAAUUGCAUAUAAAAUGGAUGAUAAAAGAUAUCAUAGAUA